AACCUCGCAAAAAGGCCGACCAACCACCGGCCCCCCCGGUCCAAAGUCUGUCCACCGUUGUUGGUGAAAAGACGCGGCCGUCAUCUCCAGUACCUUCGUCUACCCAGCGAGUGCAAAAACAAACCGACAACUACUUUUUGGAAAUCAUCGGCUGAUCAAGCUUCAUCCAAUUGAGCAAGUCAUGUCCUAUAACCCCUACAAUCAGGGGCCUGGUGCCGAGGCGGGCUACGGCUAUGGCCAGACGGAACAGCAUGAGAUGCAACCGUACGGUCAGCAGCCCUAUGGCUCGCCGCAGCAGCAAUAUGGGCAGCAGUACGGUCAGCAGUAUGGGCAGCAGUAUGGGCAGCAGUAUGGAUCACAUCCCGAGGGGCAGCAGUACGGUCAGCAGGGCCAGUACGGUUCGCCCCAGCCGCAGCAACCAGGCGGGAACGUCCUGUCGCAGACCGAAUAUCUGCAGCGUGUGUCGGCCAUUCGCCGAGAGAUCGAGGGCCUGACGACCAGCAUUCAUAACAUCGCAACGCUGCACCAGCAAGCUCUGGCCAGCAGUGACAACGCGGCGCGUCAGGCGUUGGACGACCUCGUUGCGUCGACGCAAUUGAAGAACACGGCGAUUCGUGGGCAGAUCCAGCAGCUCAAGGCGGACACGGAGCGCACGACGGACACUAAUCUCUUCAAUACCAAGAAGAGGCAGUUUGAGAUUCUCAAUGACGACUUCAAAAAGAAAAUCCAGGAGCUGCUGCAGGAGGAGCAGCAGUACAAGGCGCGCUACCGCGAGCAGAUUGCCCGCCAAUACCGCAUCGUCAACCCGGACGCGACCGAGGAGCAGGUGCAGCAGGCGGCCGACGCCGACUGGGGCGACGAGGGGAUUUUCCAGACUGCCCUCCGAACCAACCGCUCCGGCCAGGCCUCGGCCGUCCUGGGAAACCUGCGGGCGCGCCACAAUGACAUGGUCAAGAUCGAGCAAGAUAUCAUGCAGCUGGUCGAGCUGAUUGAGCUGCUCAACCAGCAGAUCGUGCAGCAGGAGCCCAUGAUCCAGGCCAUCGAGCAGAAGAACAUGGAGACGGCCGACCACCUCGGCGGCGCCAACGUGCAUCUCCAAGAAGGCGUCGCCAGAGCACGGCGCGCCCGCAAGCUCAAGUGGUGGUGCUUCGGCGUGUGCGUCCUGAUCUGCAUCGCGAUCGCCCUCGGUGUCGGGCUGGGCAUCACCCUGACGAACCGAGGUGGCGGCGGCGGUGGCGGUGGUGGUGGCGGUGGCAGUAACAACUGAGAAUGAGAAACUGGCCAUGGUAAUGAUAUGGGUUGGGUGGGAGCAAGAAGGAUCGAGAGCGAAGAAUGGGGUCUCGCUCCUCUUUGCUCGAAACCCAAGUCCGGUCAUGAAGCAUCAGUUUCGAGACCGGGCCGGACCACCUUGCCCCUCCGUUGUUUGUUUCCUUACGUAGUGUCAUUUCUGAUGAACUGGGCCGUCCAGGCGCAUCCGGUUCCUUGUUAACGUGCGGUGAGGUGGUUGUUGGCCACAACGAAAAGUGCCUGAGCUAUGUUCGGGUUAAUGGGGUUCGGCCGCGCGCUGUUACGAGUUUGGUGGGCAAGCGGGACACAUGGAUUCAGAGUAUUUGUGGUGGACUGUACGACGCGAGCGUACGUGAUGUGUAUCUGACAUCGAGUAAUGAUUCCCCUUUCAGAAUAAUGGGUCGUUUGAAGUAUGGGAACCCCCCUUUGUAACUCAUAUCGAGACUCAUGAAAACAUAGACCAAAUCAGAACGUCAUAUGGUAGUUUCAUACAAUGUUCUG